AGUUGAAAGCGGGAGGAAGUCAAUUCCCUGCGCGAGCUGAAAGAAUAGACGAUUCCCCUUACACGAAAAACAAAACAACAACAAUAACAACAAAAAUACAACACAAUAAGUCAAACUGGUUUAUUAAGCGACUUUAGUGUAAGAUACUAAGAUGUGUAAUGUCAGAAUAUCAGAAGAUUAAAUCCUUUAUAACGUUAACACUACAUAAAAGAACAAGCUAAGUUAGCUAGUAAACUUUGCUAGCUAGCAGACACGCUAGUUAGAUCAGGUUUCAGUGUCCGCUUAUUGUAUUUACACGAUUAGUUUAAACUGAUCGAUUAGGAUUAUAAAUUAGAUUUAAUUGAGUAGUUCUUUUGCUUUAUUUGAGAUGGACGUAACGACGUGUCUGAAGUCUCUGCUUCUGGCGAUUCGACAACACAGAGACCACAGAGGCACAUUGAACGCAUCACUGCUCCAAAAACAAAUCCAAGACGUGUCGGCCUUAAAGUGCUCCAGGAUCUUAUCCUCAGGACAGGUUCUCCCCAGCGAGUGUCUGAAUGGUCUGCUGGAAGUAGCUGGAGAUCCCAACACCAGUCCUGCUCUUACAGGGAGCGUCCUGUCUCUACUCGCCCAGCUCGCAUCUGAUGACGAGAGUAAAGAGGCGCUUCAUAGCCGUUAUAACAUCGUUGGCACGCUGGCGGCCGUCAUCCACUGUAACAGAGCUACACCUGAGGAGCCGAUCGUGCUACAGUGUCUUCAGGUUCUGCAGCGUCUCACUUACAACGUCAGACUCCUGCACUGCACCUCCCACAUAGACGACCUCCUCACGUUCCUCAUGCUCAACAUCCAGUCUCAGAAUGAUGACAUCACCAAGCCGUGCUUAGGACUGAUGGCUAAUCUUUGUCGACACAACCAGUCUGUACAGGUGCAGAUUAAAUCUCAGAGUAACAUUAAAGCUUUCUACAGAGCUUUACUUAACUUCCUCGGUCACAACUGCCUCACCGUGGUCGUCUUCGCGCUCUCGAUCUUAUCCAGCCUAACCCUCAGCGAGGAAGUCGGACAAAAGUUGUUUAAUGCAAAGAACAUUCACCAGACCUUCCAGCUCAUCUUUAACAUCACCGUGAACGGGGACGGAACCCUGACGAGGAACUACGCCGUCGAUUUACUGGUGGAUCUGCUCAAAAACGCCAAGAUUGCUGAUUACCUCACCAAUUAUAAACACCUCCCCGUGUGUCUGAGCGAGGUGGUCGGCCUUCUCCACGGUAAAGACCCGGAUACAGCAGUGAAGGUUCUGGAGCUGCUCGUGUCUCUGUGCUCGGUUCCACCCCUGCGCAGACUUAUCUGUCAGACGGUUUUAAAACCCGCCGCCCCUCGACUGCAGCCCACUACCAGGAACCCUGCCCAGGUGAGGGGGGCAGAGCCUGGUCUGGCGCUGCUCCAGUGGGCCACGUGCCCACUGCAGGGACCUGAGCGGUGCUGCCUGCUCGCGCUGGAGCUCUUCACUGAGCUGUUUGAGGAAGUGAUUGGUUCCUCGCAGUCUGUUUCUGCCCGCUCAUUUUUGGAGCUCCUCCUCCCAGCGCUGCAGAGUUUACUGCACACGCCAGACUUCAGCGAAGGAGACGCGCUGCUACAGAGGCACUGUGCUAGAGCUGGACGAGCACUGGACCUCCUGAACGUCCUGUGUGGAGACGACUUCCUGAAGACUCUGGUGGCGCAGCACGUGAGCUCGGAGCUGUGCGUGUCGCUGGUGGAGCUGCUGCUGUCUAACAGUCAGGACUACGUCACAUCUAUCUGCUCGGACUCGAGCUCCCGGCUCAGCCAUGCGUGCUGUGAGACGGUCCUCAAGACUCUGGAGCUGAUGAGCCAGCUGAAGCAGCACGUAGAUGACAUGGAGACCUGCUUUUACCGGAUGCUGCAGGACCAGCGCAUGGUGACGCCUCUGUCUCAGGCCCUGACGUCUCAGCACCGAGCGCGAGUACACACGGCGCUGCGCGUCCUGUUCGAAGCCGCUCCGCUGCCCGAUUUCCCCGCCGUCAUUUUAGGAGAAAGCAUCGCAGCGAAUAACGCGUACCGGCAGCACGAGGGCAAGCUGAGCGUCAGAGGCGGCAGCAUUCAGGAGGAUGGAGUCACCCCAGCGAAGAACUUUACUCUGUCCUCUGCUGCUCCGAACAGUCCGUCUCGCCAGAGCAUCGACAGCCUCAUCGAGAAACUGCAGAGCGGCAUUCAGUUACAGGAGCAGAUGAAAGAUGUGCACGUGUCGGAGAUCAUCGAUGUGUAUGAGCAGAAAAUCUCUGCCCUGGCUUCUAAGGAAGGCCGUCUGCAGGACCUGCUGGAGGCCAAAGCUCUUGCUCUGUCUCAGGCUGACCGUCUGAUUGCUCAGUACCGCUGUCAGAGAGCACAGGCCGAGGCUGAGGCCCGGAAGCUGGCGUCUCUGCUGAAGGACACGGAGAGGAGGAAGGAGGAGCUGCAGGCCGAGCUGAGCGAUCAUGUGAUGGAGGUGGAGAAGCUGAAGAGCGACAGUCAGCAGCUCCUGCAGCACAACAGCCGCCUGCAGGCCGUGUCUGACGAACACCAGAACCUAAAGAGCACCUACAACCAGCUGCUGAGCAGGUACAAUAAAAACGAAGCGAUGCUGAAGGAGCUCCAGGCCGCCCACAUCUCCCUCACGCAGCAGGCUGAGUCCCUGAAGAAGAGCAACGAGGGACUCAAAAUGCAGCAGGAGAGGUUGUCCUCAGAGCUUCAGCAGAAGGAAGGGAAGAUCUCAACCAUGGAAGCAGCCAUGCAGGAGAAAUACCACACUAUUGCGGACCUGCAGGCCGAGGUGAGGAGGCAGGAGGAGCAGGCCGGAGAGCUGGAGGAGAACGUCAACAUGCUGAGGAAGGAACUCGCCAAGACAGAGCAGGCUAGGAAGGAUGCCAGCAUCAAGGCCUCGUCUCUGGAGCUGCAAAGAUCUCAACUGGAGUCCAAACUGCAGAAGAAGGAGGAGGAGCUGAACAAACACACGCAGAUGAUCGCCAUGAUCCACAGCCUGAGCAGCGGCAAGCUGAAGAGCGACGCCACAGCCAACCUUUCUCUGUGACACACACACACACACACACACACACACACACACACACACACACACACACACACACUGUACACAUAUCCAGAUUAAUGGAUUCCAGAAGUAAUGGCCCCAUUUACAGACACUCCAGAUUUUUGGUUUACGUGCACCACACACACACACACACACACACACACACACCAGCCAUGAUGAACUCGGAUGACAAAUACAUGAAAUAGAUUUUAAAUAUUUUUAACUCUGAGAUCCAGGUAACUUAUUGUCUUUUCUUUGUGUGUCGUUGUCUGUCUGUACUUUUUCUACACGUCGUUCCUCUCGGAUCAUAUUUUAAAAUAAAUAAACGAAUAUUUCAUUAUAUUAAUUAAUGCAUAUUUUAUCUGGGACUGCGAAACGAUUCUGUUCCAAGAUGGAUUUAAUCAAUUAGUUCAUUUUUAAUGUACUGAUUUUGUUUGGGGGGGGGAUUUGACAUAGCCAGUAGAUGGCGCUGCACCUCAUGAUGACUGAAUAAACUCCAUUUUUUAGUCUGGUCCAGCAAUAAAACCAAACAAGUAAAUCACACAAAAGCAGAAAUCGGUGAGAUUUUAUUAUUAUUAUUUUUGUUUUUACAGAUGUUUUUCAUUAAAUCCUGAUGUGUUAUGCCUCCCUUUAAUUACCGUUUAAUUAUCCCUGUGGGGGUUGUGUUCAUGCUGUAUGAAGGUCAAAGGCUGCUGUGUUUAUUGUGUUUUACUGUCUGACUAAUUAGUGACAAAUCAGUUUCUGUUUUAUUUACCGAGCCCCGUGAUGGAAUGUGAUAACCUCCCUACAGGCUUUACUCGUUUAUUUCUUCAGCAUGGCUUUUCCUUAUUGUCAUCAUAGAAACUCAUGUCAGUCUUAAUAUCGCCGCUCGGCCUGCAGAGUCCAGCAGAUUUUCUCUUCUUUUCUUUUCUUUUUUCUUUUUUUUUUUUUUACCUUUUGGCUACUGAAUAGUGCUUUAUUUAGAAAGCAGAUUAUUUAAAAAAAAAAACAAAACAAAAAAAACACCACACGGAUGGAAAAAAACUGAGUUUUAUAGACAUGAAUUUAUUCUUAAUUCUCUACAUCACAAACAUGUAUAAAGACAAAAUAAAUACCAGGAAAAAAUAAAAACUCUUCAUACACAUAAAAAACAGAUGAUUAACCCUCUAUUUGCAGUAAUUUCUUCAUAUGCAGUUAAAUUAAUCUUCAAUCCUUCAUAUUUUUAACUUUAAGGAAGCUUCGUCCCCUUUCACAACAAGGAAACUCUGAGAGACGUACAGAAAACCGCCAUCAACAAUGGGCUGUGCGUCUAAGGACCAUUUGUUCUGAUCAAAUUUGGGCCGUGCUGCCAGUGCUCUAGCACCAACAUCGAGUCAAAAGUUGGGCUUACCUUACUUUGGAAGUACUUUCAUGGUUGUAACUUUUGUUCAGAGUUUGUUUCCAAACUUUAAAAGACAUCCCGGAUUCCCUGGG